CUACCGGAAGAAUAUGAGUUUUUGAUCCAGUAUGUGGACCUGCUGCCCGGAAAACCUGGGUCUCCUGUUGUGCCAUUUCUUUCUCUAGUAGUGAACAUCAAUGUUUGUACUUUAGCAUACAGAGAUGGUAAAGACUUGAUUUACUGCUUGGUCCUUCUGUUGGGAGACUUUAAACAUGGAGAGCUAGUAUUGAAGGAACAGGGUUUAGUGGUAGGGUUGCAUAGUAGAGACUUCAUGAUUUUCUUAUCUAAAGACACUACUUACUUCAGCCUAGACUAU